ACUUCUGGUUCUAGCUGACGUUGUAACGGUCUCGGAGGCUAGAGAAUUGCGAGAAGAGGUACGAGACAUGUUUUAUCAUGCCUUUGAUGGAUACAUGCAACAUGCUUUUCCACGUGAUGAGUUGAGGCCCUUAACCUGUCAAGGGGAGGAUACACUUGGUGGUUACGCUUUAACUCUUAUUGAUUCCUUGGACACGUUGGCCUUACUAGGAGAUCGUGAGCGGUUUGGUUCUGCUGUCGAAUGGAUUGCUGAAAAUGUUCGAUUUGAUAUUAACAAGACAGUUUCUGUAUUUGAGACGACAAUCCGGGUUCUCGGUGGUUUACUUUCUGCUCAUCUUAUUGCGAGUGAUUAUUCUACGGGCUUGAAACUUCAAAGUUAUGAUAAUGAGCUGCUUCAUUUAGCUGAGGACUUGGCUUGGAGAAUGUUACCUGCUUUCGAAACUCCUACAGGAAUCCCAUUUGGAUCGGUUAAUCUUUUACUAGGUGUUGAUGAGCAUGAAAGCCAGAUAACAUCAACAGCUGGUGGUGGUACUUUGACAUUGGAAUUCGGAGUGCUGAGUCGCCUAACCAAUAAUCCUAUUUUUGAACAAGUAACAAAGAACGCAGUUAGGGGAAUCUGGGCACGUCGAUCAAAAAUAAACCUUGUUGGUGCUCACAUCAAUGUAUUUUCGGGUGAAUGGACACAAAAGGAUGCCGGCAUUGGUACAAGCAUUGAUUCCUUCUACGAAUACCUUCUAAAGGCUUAUUUGUUAUUUGGAGAUGAGGAGUACUUGUUUAUGUUCCAGGAAGCUUACAAGGCUGCUAUGCAUUAUCUGUUUCACGAUCCUUGGUAUGUAGAAGUGAAUAUGAAUUCUGCUGCCACUGUUUGGCCAUUGUUUAACAGCUUGCAGGCUUUCUGGCCCGGGCUUCAGGUUUUGUAUGGCGAUAUUGCUCCUGCAAUACGGACGCAUGCUGCUUUCUUUAGCGUGUGGAAGAAAUAUGGUUUUACUCCAGAGGGAUUCAAUCUUGCAUCAUUGAGUAUUCAGUCUGGUCAGAGAAGCUACCCGCUGCGCCCAGAGCUGAUAGAAAGUACGUACUGGUUAUUUAAAGCUACAAGGGACUUUAGAUACCUUGAUGCAGGGAGAGAUAUGGUUGCAAGCCUUCAAUAUGGAGCCAGAUGCCCCUGUGGAUAUUGCCAUAUAGCAGAUGUAGAAUCCCAUAAACUGGAUGACCAUAUGGAGAGCUUUUUUCUUGCAGAAACGGUCAAGUAUCUCUGGCUUCUUUUCGAUUUGGCAGCUGGACCAGAUAACAUUGUUGAAAAUGGACCAUACAAGUAUAUAUUUAGCACAGAAGGCCACUUAUUGCCUGCUACUGCUGAAAUAGCUUUAGCAAAUGAACAUUGUUCAUAUCUCGGAGCUUUUUGCCGAGAUGACGGACAGAGAGAUUCUAAUACUGGAAUCUCUUCUAGCUACCAGGAAGCAAAUGAUACCAGAAUUUCUGAUGAUUGGAUUCCUUCUUUUUCCUCCUCAGAACCUGAGAACUCCUUCACCUCCUCAAGCUUUAUUAAGGGAUUAUGCCCAGCGUUAACUCAUGAUCAAAGAUUCGGCUUCUCAUACACAGUCGGCAAACAUGAGACUGGUGAGCCUCGCAAUGUCGAUCUAGUUGAUCAAUCUCAAACUCAUUCUGUGAUCAUGAUAUCCAAACCCAUUGCGAUGCACUCGACUUCCAUGGAUAUGAUUCAUGCCAGUGAAGAUCUGAUGAAUCCUCAUCGAGAUGACGGUAGCCGUAAUGAAGAAUCCGAUCGAAUUUUAGAGAGAGAAAACCCUUCAGAUGAGAAGGAUUAUCAGCUUGUUAGAGAACAGAUUCAAGCUUGAAUUCCAUUUCUUCCUCAGAUCAGCCACAAAUUUCUGUAAAUCAUGCUGGUUCUGCUCCACAAGGUAGUAGUUCUGCAGAAGAAGAGCACUCAAAGGGUCGAAAAUGUCAAAAAAAUUUGUAGAAAAAACCAAAUCAUGAAAUUCGGAAGUCUCUCUCUCUGAUUCUUGGCUCAUAAACAAGUUCCAGGUAUGAUUAUCAGGCCAGAGAACAUGGUGAGAUUUCUGAUUGUCUUGGCCACCAUUGAUGCUGGAGUUAUUUUCUUCUUUGUUUUUUGGCUCCUCCAUAAUUAAAUUGUAGCAGUAAUUAUUUUUUCAUAUCCACGGUCCGCUUGGGACUUAGAUUUAAUGUUUCACA